UUAAACAGCAGCUGAGUUGAAGUGCACUAAACUAAAAGUUCUGUUGACUCUGCAGUCUGAAAGCACUCAUCUAAACUGCAGAGACAUGGAGCAAAGACAGCAAGAGCUGACUUCAAGCAUUCUGACACCUGAAGCAGACGAAUGUGGACUCCUGGGAAAGGAGCCAGGCCAGGAAGUAGCGCAGAACAUGGAGUCAGAGGUGGACUUGAACAAUACCAUAACAGAAGAAGAGAGAGAAGAAAUGCACAACGAGCUGACCAAGUUGGAGGAAGAAAUUGUCUCUCUGAAACAAGUGCUGGAGUCUAAAGAGAAGCGUCAAGCUGAGCUGAAGCACCUGCUGGGCAUGACGACGUUAAACGAGCUGAAACAGAACCUAAGCAGGGGCUGGAACGACGUUCAGUCGACCACGGUAUAUAAAAAGACUUCAGAGACCCUGAGCACAGCAGGCCAGAAGACCACAGCGGCCUUCAGCAACCUGGGCACAGCCAUCAGCAGGAAGUUGGGGGAUAUGAGGAACUCGCAGAGCUUCAAGUCUUUCGAGGAGAAGGUUGAAACCACUGUCUCGAGCAUUAAGACCAAAGUCGGAGGGACCACAAGUGGAGGAAGUUUUGAGGACGUUCUCUCCUCAGCAGCUCAGGCCAGCGCUCAGGACACCGGCGCCACAGCCUCUGCUAACGACCUGAAAGAAAACCCCCAGUGCUAAAGCGCCCAGACAAAAUUUGUACAGCUUUCUACGUGAUGGGAAAUGGCGCUUUGAUGCCCCUUUGUGGCCGGGAGGAUGCACUGCCUCCUUAGGAAAGAUUUCCUGAGGUCCGGAAUUAAGCACUAGCCCCGACCAAACAUACCACUCUGAUAUUUCUUCUUUAACGUCCCUCAAUUGGUUCACGUUGGGAUAACCUCCAUUGCUUAAUGGUCAUGUGAGGUUUGUUAUAAAUUUGUUUAGCGCAAAGUCAUCAAAAAGCGAUGAUUAGAAAACAGGCAUUAAAAUAAGUCAUCAUUUUAAAAAUAAUAUAUUUGAUAUUAAUAGUGAUGCUUGAAUGAGCCUCAAGUGUUACAUUUUGUUUAGUUUUAAGUUUUUUACUUUUUCUAAGCUUAUAACAUUUGUGACAAAAUAGCUGUUCAAAAAUAUCCAACAUCUCAUCCAAUUAGCAAUAAAACAAACUCAAUACAAAAAUUCAUAAAGUGACCUUAAUGUCAUCACAAAUCCUUGAUAACAAUUGUGGGCCUAAUGCAAUAUGGUAUUAUUAAAGUACUACUAAAUCAAUCUCUGUAAACCAUAGAAAUUAAAAUAAACUCAGACCUGGCAACAAAGUAUCAUUACAGUACGUACAAUACUCAUAAGCCCCAGUCUAUUUUAGGACUGAUGUUUGUUUUAAAUAUCUUUAUAUUAAAUUACACAUACUGUAACAAGCCUGUGUCUAAAGGGAAAAGCGAUCAUAUAUUCAUUUUCACGUUGUAAGAAAACAUUGACUAGUAGUUCAUGUACAGAGUUGGAAUGUAGGUCUUAAACCAUAAUAUAACCAAUAAACGGUUGUGUGUUUUGUUGUGGCUACCUUGGAUGUGGGCAAGCUUUCCAUUCAUUUGACUUUAUUCUGUAUAUGAGAAGGAUCAAUUUGCUGGACCAGACAUGUCGUGCUGGAGAAGUCUCAUGCUUGGAAAAGACGUUUUAUCUUUUCAUAUGUGAUAAGUUGACCGAUCCAUCGGUGCAUAAAAUAAAAUAAAGUAUUCUUAU